GUACCUUGGGUUUCGAAAAUCGGCGACAAUUUGAAAUUCACUUAUUCACAUCUUCACCUACUUUCGACGAUAUCGCAUUAUCGACGAGAAACACACUGCGCACAUCAAUCUCUCAUCUAUUCUCCGAAGAUUCUUCACAUUAAACCAGUCAUACGGCGAUGAAGAAAAGUAGGCGAUUUUACCUUUCGCCAUGGUCUUCACCGACUUGAGACACCAACUGAAGGCCUUCGUUGCCGGACGCUGGUGGCACAGAUAUACUCUACUUCCCGGAAAUGUUUCUCAUGAUUCCGCAAAGAAGCGCACCAUAAGCUUGAUUGACACCAAUUCCCGUAUCUGCAGGCUCAUUAUCUUGGCCAUAGCCUGUAUCGCCUUGAUCGCAUUCUCUGCGAUGUUCAUGGGUGACCUCUCGGCACAAAAAUGCAAUGGUUCCACUCUUGACCGUCACUGCAGAAACCUGCUUACUCAGUUAUGGGGUCAAUACACCUCUACAUUCUCUGUUCCCUCUGAAAUCUCACCAGACACUCCUAAGAAUUGCGAGGUCACUUUCGCGCAAGCGCUCUCACGGCACGGUGCUCGUUACCCCACAGCACAUAAGUCCUUAGCCUAUGGUUCUCUCAUUGACCAUAUCCACGAUAGUGUAACACAUUAUGGCAAGGGCUUUGAGUUCAUCAAGGACUAUAAAUAUACCCUUGGUGCUGACCAGUUAACGGGUUAUGGCGAACAGCAGAUGGUAAAGUCCGGCCAGGUCUUCUAUGAACGGUACAACCAUUUAACAAGAGUCUACACCCCCUUUGUGCGUUCCUCUGGCCAGGAGCGUGUAGUUGACUCAGCAAAAAGAUGGACAGAGGGCUUCCACAAGGCACGGCUGGCGGACGGGGGUUCACAUGCCCCGGAUACAUAUCCCUAUAAAAUGCUGGUCAUCCCUGAGGCAGAUGGAUUCAACAACUCACUUAGUCCCGACCUCUGCCCUGCAUUCGAGGAUAGCAAACACGAUAGUGAUGAUGAGCAAGACCUGUGGACUGAGAAGGUCGUGCCACCCUUGACAGAUAGAUUGAACCAGAAUCUUCCAGGCGCUAAUCUCACCGACGAAGAGACUAUCUACAUGAUGGACCUAUGCCCUUUCGAGACUGUGGCCGAUGAGAAGACUAGACUUUCAAGGUUCUGUCGGUUGUUCACGAUGGAUGAUUGGCGCAACUAUGACUACUAUCAGUCAUUGGGCAAGUGGUAUGGAUUCGGAAAUGGAAGUCCUCUCGGACCAACUCAAGGGGUUGGAUUUGUUAAUGAACUUCUUUCAAGACUUACCGGCAAGCCAGUUGAUGAUCAUACAACCACCAAUUCAACACUUGAUGGAUUUGAAGAUACAUUCCCACAUGGUCUUGCCUUGUACGCCGACUUCAGCCAUGAUAACGAUAUGAUGGACAUCUAUGGUGCACUUGGUCUCUACAAUCUUACGGCCCCACUACCGGGUAAUCGCAGAGUCAGUGCACAGAAAGCCAAAGGAUUCUCCGCUAGCUGGGCCGUCCCGUUCGCAGCCAGGUUAUACGUGGAGAAGAUGACUUGCGCAGGCGAAGAUGAGGAGAUGGUGAGGAUUUUGGUCAAUGAUCGGGUGAUACCCUUGCAAAACUGUGGUGCUGAUGUGUUCGGACGCUGCACUCUUAGCAGAUUCGUCGAAAGCCAGAGUUUCGCAAGGAAUGGUGGACAUUGGGACCAGUGCUUUGUCUAGAAGCCUUUCAACAUUUAUCAUUCGACCAAUAUUCCCCAUGAUAUGAAGAAGAUCGCUUGAAGUUCCACAUCGUGGUCGAGCCUUACUUGCUUAGUUUGAUAUGCAUUCCAUAGUUAGAAAUCGCGAUUCUUACUGGUUAGGAGAUCCUGCAAAGAACCUGGGCUGCAUACGGCAUGUUCCUUCAAGAGAACAUACACGAAAGUCCGGCUUCGCUGGCCCCUUAUCCAGUCAUGACAGCACAGGAUACUAAUAAUAACUUUAAUCAACGACCAUGUCGUGAAUUUUCACAUGGCUAAAAUAGUGAUUUCAGAAAGAGUAAGAAUCAGUAUCAUUAGGCAGAAUUUCUGCAAGAGUCGUAAGAGAACUAAGACAUAUCAAGGCUG